CCGAAUGCAAAAAACAAAAUUUUUUAUUAAUUUGUGUGAACCAUGAUUUUUUUUGGCACCGUGGGCCAAAUGUUAUUUGGCCUAAAUCAGCACCUUUGCAAUACCCCAACCCAGGAAGCCUUUCCAAUCGGAACCUCUCGAGUCAGUGUUCCCCCGUCAAUGAUGCCUUGAAUAAAACAAAGGUUGGAGGGGACUUCGACAGUACAACUCGGCUCUGUGAUCUCUAUGCCUCUUCCGAGCCAAGUCCGAGGUGUUCGAAGAUGCCGCGGUUGUCGAGCGCAGAGGUGGCUGCAACCAUCGUUGACGAUGCAUCCAUGGGCUCCCCUCCCAAGACCCAAUCCAACUCGGUGCCGCAGAGACGACCGCUGUUUUGGCGUGUUGAAAGGGGGGGUCGGGGACGCAUUCUGGCGCCGAACAUGGAGAACCCGAUUUACCACAUCCCUAAGAAUUUUGCCAUGUGGUUCAGGCCCAUUGCCGAUAUGAGUCUGACUAGGGACGAGUGCCACCUUGGGACGUAUAUAUUUGCCAAAAAUGAAGAAAUGAGGGAAACAGAGAACUUAUUUAAGCAUUACGAGCUAACCCUGCCUCACGGAAAGUUCUUAUCCCUUAGGCCCGAAUGCAUGCCCCACUUUGAUGUCGUCAAAACUGUUGCAAUGCUUUCCUAUCUUCAAGCCAAGGCAAACCCUGUGCCCCGUUGCUGGUUCUUUCCGUCAGCAUUUGCCGCUGAGAUCUUGUUCCAAACUCUGAUGGAACAUGUAAUAGAGAGCUAUGCGAGACGCUGGAUGCCACCAACUCAAGAACUUGAGCAUGUCUUUGUACCCAUUUGCGAGCCACCUGAGACUUGGUAAAUGCUAUUGAUGGAUGUAAAGAGACCUUCUGUUUAUGCCCUUGAUGUUUGCACAAGCAUGGAGUCCGUUCCCAGGUGUGAGCGCAACAUGUGCCUUAUAGUACGUAACCCACAAGGCAUUUUGUACACAGUAUAUUUAAUUAUCGUGCAACUCUUUCUUCUGAAUUUUAUAUGCUUGCCAUGGUGACGGGAACAGCAGAUGGCUGUCCUCGAGAACAUUUUCAAACUUGAGCCGAAUCUGCCCAACUUUAAACAUGGUUCGCCAGAUCCAAACACCUGGGGACGCAUUGAAUACCCCAUGAGCAUUCCUAGCAGGCUAGGCGCAUGAAUCUGAAAUAUGGUGCAUCUGGUGGAUGUCUCACAAUGGCUGAUUCUCCCCAGCUAUCCUAGGCAACCUGGGUGAUGAGGCCACAUUGAGGAUGAAAACAGCAAUCAGGAUUGUCGCAUCUGACUACAGUGAGCUUAAGGCUCUUGUGGACCUCAAGGCAGAGACGGUGUGCCGUAGUCUCUCGUUCCUUCCUUAAUUACUACUCUAUUUACAUGCUUAUAUAUGAAUAAAAUUGGGAACCAUUUACAAGGCCCAAAUAUUUUGAAAUUACUCGUUGCUGUUAAAUAUUGCUAAUUCCAUACUUUAGUAUUUUUACUCUACUUGUAUUAUCCCGGUGGUCGACAUUGGAUAUGCACCCACCCGGGUUGCAAAUGGUCUGACUAUGUAUGCACCGGUUAUAGUUAACUUGCAUUAUGACUUGUUAAAGAAUGUAAGUGGGAACCAUUAACAAGGUCCAUAUAUUUUGAAGUUAGUUGUUGCUGUUAUAUAUUGCUAAUUCUAGACUUUAAUAUCUAACUACUUAGCUUGUAUUAUCCGGGUGGAAGUCCAGUUGUAAAUGGUUUUCCUAUGUAUGAAUAUGUAUUAGUCAGCUUGCA